CCACCAGCUGCUGCAUGUCUGCAGACAGUCCCCCGUCACACUGGACCACAGCGGGCUGGUCAGCUGGGUGGUCACUGUCACGGCGGAGGCGGGCUGCUCCUCUGACAUCUCCAAAUUCCCAGCAGAAGUCCGGAGGUGUGACGUGACUCUCCCCCUGGGCCACCACCACGUCCAGAAGACAGAGGGCGUCGUGGUGCACUUCGUCAACACACACGGUCCGGGAAUUCCCACACACUCGGCGCCCGGCGAGUUUUCCACGCAUUUCUCCCACGGCUGGGCUCUCCAGGAGUCGUCUCUGUUUGUUCUACUUCCGGAGGGCGAGGUCUCCACUCACGAGAAGAGUGAUGACGUCAGGAUAAGUUUGAAGCUGGCUCGACACCGAUUGGUGGAGGAGUUCAUGGUGACGUCACCGGUUCUCGUGUUGGUGUGGCUGCUCCCCAUCGUGUUCCUCGUCCCGUCUGACUCGUCUGCUAAGAUGGUCAUCAGUGUUGUUGUCCUGGUCCUAACGGCUGUGGUCACCUUCCUGUCAGUGGUGGUGACGUCACUGGCCGCUGUGUCGCCGCACUCGCACAUGCCCGUGUGGGCAAAGAGGAUUUUCUUUGGCUCAUGCGGUCUCCAGCGCUGGCUGCUGUACAGUGUGUCCGCCAUUGUUCCUGUCAUUCCGUCCCCGUCUGCCAGUGUCGUGGUGGGCGUGAGAGGGGCGGCCUCUGACCUUGACCUCUCGCUGCCUGAGGGCGACCACAAGGACCCUCCGCUGGUCAUCACCUCGUCACGUGACACAGCAGACGGCCCGGGCCGGGCCAGGAAACAACACCUGUGGCUGGACAUGGCCCGGAUUCUGGAUCGUCUGUUCUUUGUUAUUUUCACGGUUAUCGCCCUUUUCACCACCAUCAGUCUCUUGUCCUGAACAAUGCCGUUUAGUUCAUUUCACGGUUAUUGCCCUUCUCAUCACCAAAACGUGUUUUUUAUACUGAACUAUGUAACUUUUUUAUUUUCACGGUUGUCGCCCCUUUUCACUACACAAAGACUUGGUCUUUUGUCCUCUUUACGUAAAUUACAGCAUGUUCUGACACAAUAAAGUUCAGUUUCCCAGCAUGUUUUUUCUCUAGAAGAACCAGCAGGACAACAGCCCUCCACAACACAUUUCGUCUGGUAUUACUCUUUGUUUUAGCUUUAGUAAGAGUUUUUUUUUAUGGCACUUGUAAUACAAUAAGGGUAUAUGAGCCAAAGAUUAGAGGUGUUACAAGAGAGUAACAAACACAAAAAAGGAGGAGAGAUAAGGACGACAGAAGUUUGAUAGGGAAGAAAAAGCGAACCAAACCAGAGCACCCGCCAACCACCCACAUUCGUCUUGUCUUCUUGGACAUAACAGAAACCUCGAGUGGACGUCAACACUAGCGUGAAUAUACGUCAUGUUGUCAUUUCACGUUGUUCUGUUGAGUUCCUGGGUGCGAAUAAAGGAAACGUUUCAUGAUGA